AUGUAUGACAUAUCAAUGUAUGGCACUGAUAAGAGGAAUUUAACUAGAAAGGAGCGGUUGAGAAGACGUGCCAGGAAAAUGAUCAAAGCUGGCCUCAAAGAGGACGAAUGCUAUUGUUGUUCACUGGAAGGUUCACCCACAACGGCGUGCAUAAUUAUCGCCGGAAUAGUCUUCCUUAUCAUCUUUUGCUUGAUAAUGUUUGCAUUAUUGAGUGCUGGUGUCGAUUUCGAGGCAACAUUUACGGAACCUGGCAUGCAAUUUUGA